CGGGCGGCGACGGCUAGCAGUCACCGCCUCCUACAAGUGCCAGAGCCGGGCAGACAGCGCGGAGGCUGCGGUGGCAGUGGCCACGGAGCUGGCCCUCCGGGGCCCCUGGGGGGAGGGGGAGCCGUCAAGCCCCCGCUGAGGCCGCCGCUACCGGGCCUCCCCUCCCCCCAGGGCGGGCGCCAUGCGGGGGGGCCCGGGCGAUGCGGAGCGGCGUGAGCGCUGGGGUCGCCUCUUCGAGGAGCUGGACACUAACAAGGAUGGUCGCCUGGACGUCCACGAGUUGCGCCAGGGACUGGCCCGUAUGGGCGGGGGCAGCCCGGACCGCGGAGCACAACAGGGCAUCUCCCCUGAGGGUGAUGCUGACUCAGAUGGCGGCCUUGACCUGGAGGAGUUUAUCCUCUAUCUGCAGGAGCGGGAACAGCGCCUGCUACUUCUGUUCCACAGUCUGGACCGGAAUCAGGAUGGUCAUAUCGACGUCUCUGAGAUCCAGCAGAGUUUCCGAGCUCUGGGCAUUUCCAUCUCACUGGAGCAGGCAGAGAAAAUCCUGCACAGCAUGGACCGUGAUGACACCAUGACCAUUGACUGGCAGGAAUGGCGUGACCACUUCCUGUUGCACUCGCUGGAGAAUGUGGAAGAUGUGCUGUAUUUCUGGAAGCAUUCCUCGGUCCUGGACAUUGGCGAGUGCCUGACUGUCCCGGAUGAGUUCUCGGAGCAGGAGAAGCUGACUGGCACGUGGUGGAAACAGCUGGUGGCGGGAGCGAUGGCGGGUGCCGUGUCCCGGACGGGCACAGCCCCCCUGGACCGCCUCAAGGUCUUCAUGCAGGUCCACGCCUCCAAGACCAACCGACUGAACAUCCUGGGAGGCCUACGGAGCAUGAUCCAAGAGGGGGGCGUGCGCUCCCUGUGGCGCGGCAACGGGAUUAACGUGCUCAAGAUUGCACCUGAGUCGGCAAUCAAGUUCAUGGCCUAUGAGCAGAUCAAGCGGGCCAUCUGGGGGCAGCAGGAGACACUGCACGUGCAGGAGCGCUUUGUGGCUGGCUCCCUGGCUGGUGCCACAGCCCAAACCAUCAUUUACCCCAUGGAGGUACUGAAGACACGGCUGACCCUUCGCCGGACGGGCCAGUAUAAGGGGCUGCUGGACUGUGCGUGGCGGAUCCUGGAGCGAGAAGGGCCCCGAGCCUUCUACCGCGGCUACCUGCCCAACGUGCUGGGCAUCAUCCCCUACGCAGGCAUUGACCUGGCCGUCUACGAGCUCACAGAAACGUGGGAGCAGGCGAAGAUGAGCUUCAAAGAUGCCCAUCCCCCCCAAAACGUGGGUCAGACGCGCCUCCAUCUCCAGACCCUGAAGAACCGGUGGCUCCAGCAGUAUAGCCACGACUCGGCCGACCCGGGCAUCCUCGUGCUCCUGGCCUGCGGCACCAUUUCCAGCACGUGUGGCCAGAUAGCCAGUUACCCCCUGGCCCUGGUCCGGACCCGCAUGCAGGCCCAAGCCUCCAUCGAGGGAGCCCCCCAGCUGUCCAUGCUGGGUCUGCUCCGUCACAUCCUGUCCCAGGAGGGCGUGCGGGGCCUCUACCGGGGCAUUGCCCCCAACUUCAUGAAGGUUAUCCCAGCCGUGAGCAUCUCCUACGUGGUCUACGAGAACAUGAAGCAGGCCCUGGGGGUCACGUCCAGACCCCAGCUGCCUCAGGCACCAGAUCCAGUGUCCUCAGGCAGUACUGGAUCCUAGAUCCACUGGCAGAUCCUAGAUCCCCAUGCUUCAAGUCCUGGAUCUCCAAGCUUGGCCACUGGAUUCUGGAUAUCAAGAAACCUCAGCGCACCGGAUCCUGACAGUGCAAUGCCUAGGUCCCGGGGCCCCAACCACUGGAUCUCAGACCCCCUCCAUCUAGCCACUGGAUUCCUGAAUCCCUUUACCUCGACACUGGGUCCUGGAUCCCUCUGCUUCGACUCCCGGAUCCCAUUUCAACCAUUAUACCCUCCACCACCGGAUCCCAGAUUUCCAAGCCCUGACCCACCAGAUCCUCACUCCUCAAACCACAGUCGCGAGAGCCCAAUGGCAGAGGAGCGGGUGCUGGCGACUACAGCUGUUGGACCCCAAAUCCCUUCACUGCAGGCGCUGGGUACUACAACCUCAUCCAUAAGAGGCAGACCCUACCACCUCCAGCCACUGGAUGCCAACCCCUUAACUCCCUGUUUCUGACCCAAGUCCUCCCAAGCACUAGAUCUUGAACGCUCAGAACCCCCAGUCUAGCUCCCAAUAGGCCAAUCAGUGUCCUGGAUCCCACGCGCCCCCGUCCCAGACACACACCAGAGCCCGGAGACCUCCCCCCAUGGCACAAACCCCAUAGUCUACGGAGCCUCCAGGAAACCCAGGUCCUAGCCUCCCAGCUUGAAAACCCACGGGACUUGUCCACUGUCCUGACACGUCUCAUGCCGGCCGCAAGGGGAGGAGAUGCCUCUCCCAGGCCCUGCACAGACACUGGACCCCCUACCUCCCCAGCAAAGCCUGGACUGCAGGGAAACUUCUCUCUCAAAUACUCCCCCAGCAGGGCCAUGUCUCACACCCCCUUCCCACUGUCUAGGCUGAUAACAACCCCCAGAGCCUGGGUCCCUUGGGAGGAUCCAGUCGCUCUUUCUUAGGGGCUGGCAAGGAGGCAAUCCAAGGCUGGGGACACAUUGAGGGGACCGCACACAUCUCCCAGCACUGCCAGCCCCUCCCCAGACUUCAGAGUUGGAAGCCAGAAGCAGCUUCCCUAAACCCAAGCAUCCAAGGAUGCAAAACAAACCCCAAACUCCCCAGCCCCCCAGAUUCAUUCCAGGUCUAUUUUUCUACCAGAGAGGAGCAGACAUUCCAUCCGCCCUAAUUCCCAGUACCCCCACCCUGUAUAUUCUGCACUUUAUAUUUGGAUUCUGAGCUUAGGCUUAUUGGGGGACCCCUCUCUCCAUUCCUUCCAAGUCCUUGGGGAACCCCAUUAAAGGACUGUAAAAGAAGAACUUGGAUUUGGGGGUGACGGUAUGACCCCCCACAAUGCUUCCACCUCCCCCACCUACACUACUCCCCACCUCCCUGCCUGUGUGUGUUAUUUCAAAGGAAAAGAACAAAGGAAUACGUUUUCUAAGCUC